GGUACUAACACCUACGUUCUCUCCAAGAGUGAUUUUGUUAAGAUAUCUUGUAUUGGAACUCCGGAGAAUAGUAGACCCUACUUUAUAGAUUUAUUCCCACACGAUGGAGAGGCUAUGGUGCGGGUCACCGCAAGACAGUCUUCCCGAAGACCCCACGACCGGGCAGAGAGAAGACAUACAACAUUCUAAUGGUGUGUUUUGAUUCCACGUCCAGGAAUGGCUUUAUACGGAGGAUGCCGAAGAGCUUCAAAGUUCUCACUGAGGAGUUGGGAGCUACUGUAUUGCAUGGGUACAACAUAGUAGGUGAUGCAACGACGGCUGCUCUGCUUCCUAUACUAACUGGCAAGACUGAACUGGAGUUGCCAGAUGUUAGGAAGGUUGCCAAAACUUACGUUAAAUUAGAAAACUUGCCGUUUAUAUUUUACAAAUUGGCGGAAGAUGGUUACCGAACGGCAUAUUACGAAGAUAUGCCGUGGGUAGGCACGUUCCAAUACCGCUUCAGAGGGUUCAAGACGCAGCCAUCCGACCAUUACUUGAGGCCCUUACUCAUGGAGGAUUCAAAGAGGGGCACAAAAUGGUGGCUGAAUCCCAGUCAACGGUAUUGUGUGGGGGACACUCCUGUAUACAAGCUUAUGUAUAACCUUACUGAGAAUUUCUUUAGGCUGGAUGGCAAGAAGUUUUGUCUUACUUUCGUAGCUGACAUCACUCACGAUGAUUUCAACUACAUCACCACGGCUGCUGAAGACACCGUAGGCUUCUUGAGGAACUUUCUAAGGAUGGGAAGGGGAGAGGAUACCAUGCUGCUGGUGUUUGGUGAUCAUGAACCCAGAUACGCCAAAGUGCGAGCCACAUUGCAAGGUAGACUGGAAGAGCGGCUGCCACUGAUGGCCAUCCGUCUGCCCGACGCGCUACGGAGACGACAUCCCCACGCUCAGGCCAGCCUAGAAGCAAACGUGGACGUACUGACCACGGCGCAUGACAUACACGCGACUAUUCUAGACGCCAUGGAUCUGAGGAAAUACUGGAACCCCUACAGGAUCAAUGGCGCUGAUCUGACUAGGGGGUUGACGUUGCUAGAAGAAAUUCCGAAAAACCGUUCGUGCAGUGAGGCGGGUAUUGAGCCCCACUGGUGUUCAUGUCUUUCCUGGGAGAAUGUACCACAAAAUGACGUGAUAUACAACAGAACUGCUGAGUCACUUGUGGAUUAUAUUAAUUCACUCACAGAAUAUAUGAGAUCACAAUGUGCGAUUCGUACUCUAACCAGUAUAGAGUGGGUUAUGCGACAGCGUGUUAACAACGGCGUGUUGACGUUUAUGGAGGCAAAAGACGCUGAUAAAUAUGAGGGGAAGUUCGGAGACAAACUGCGGCCUGCAAAGGAGAACUAUCAGGUCAAGAUAACAGUGGGCCCGGGUAGCGGCGUGUACGAAGCUUCCAUGAGCUACGUUGUUAAAGAAGACAAAUUCUAUCUGGACUCCCGGGAUAUCUCCAGGACUAACGCAUACAACCAAGAACCAAGUUGCAUUAGCAAGUAUCACCCUCACCUCAACAUGUAUUGUUAUUGUACGAAUAAUUAGGUUUAAUUUGUGAAUGCACAUGUCUAUAUAAAUUUACUAGCCGUUCCUGUCCGCUUCACUGGGU